GCCGCGGGGCGGAGCGUGGGGCGGACGGAACCACCCGGAUGGGGUGGGGAGGUAACGGGACGGGCGCGACCAUGGCGCGGUGAGGGAGCGGGGGUGGGGAUCCGUCCGGGGGAGGCCUGGGGCCGCUGGCUUGUGCGCCGUCUCGGCCACCCCCCCUCUCGCCGCCGCCGCCGCCGCCGCCGCCGCCCCGGGCAUGUCUUCCAACUGCACCAGCACCACGGCGGUGGCGGUGGCGCCGCUCAGCGCCAGCAAGACCAAGACCAAGAAGAAGCAUUUCGUGUGCCAGAAAGUGAAGCUAUUCCGGGCCAGCGAGCCGAUCCUCAGCGUCCUGAUGUGGGGGGUGAACCACACGAUCAAUGAGCUGAGCAAUGUCCCUGUCCCUGUCAUGCUAAUGCCAGAUGACUUCAAAGCCUACAGCAAGAUCAAGGUGGAUAAUCAUCUCUUCAACAAGGAAAACCUCCCCAGCCGCUUUAAGUUUAAGGAGUACUGCCCCAUGGUGUUUCGAAAUCUCCGAGAAAGGUUUGGGAUUGAUGAUCAGGAUUACCAGAACUCGGUGACGCGCAGCGCCCCAGUCAACAGUGACAGCCAGGGCCGCUGCGGCACGCGCUUCCUCACCACCUAUGACCGGCGCUUCGUCAUCAAGACGGUGUCAAGCGAGGAUGUGGCCGAGAUGCACAACAUCUUAAAGAAAUACCACCAGUUCAUAGUGGAGUGUCAUGGCAACACCCUUUUGCCACAGUUCCUGGGCAUGUACCGGCUGACCGUGGACGGCGUGGAGACCUAUAUGGUGGUCACCAGAAAUGUGUUCAGCCAUCGGCUCACUGUGCACCGCAAGUAUGACCUCAAGGGUUCUACUGUUGCCAGAGAAGCAAGUGACAAGGAGAAGGCCAAGGACUUGCCAACAUUCAAAGACAAUGACUUCCUCAACGAAGGGCAGAAGCUGCAUGUGGGAGAGGAGAGCAAAAAGAACUUCUUGGAAAAGCUGAAACGGGAUGUAGAGUUCCUGGCCCAGCUGAAGAUCAUGGACUACAGCCUGCUGGUCGGCAUCCACGAUGUGGACCGAGCUGAGCAGGAGGAGAUGGAGGUGGAGGAGCGGGCAGAGGAGGAGGAGUGUGAGAAUGACGGCGUGGGGGGCAGCCUGCUCUGCUCCUACGGCACCCCUCCAGAUAGCCCUGGCAACCUGCUCAGCUUUCCCCGCUUCUUUGGUCCUGGGGAAUUCGAUCCCUCUGUUGACGUCUAUGCCAUGAAAAGCCAUGAAAGCGCCCCUAAGAAGGAGGUCUAUUUCAUGGCCAUCAUCGACAUCCUCACACCUUACGAUGCUAAGAAGAAAGCCGCACACGCUGCCAAGACGGUGAAGCAUGGGGCGGGGGCCGAGAUCUCGACUGUGAACCCUGAGCAGUACUCCAAACGCUUCAACGAGUUCAUGUCCAACAUCCUGACGUAGUUACCUUCUGCCUUCAGCCAGAGCCAGAGAGCUGGAUGUGGGGUCAGGGUGGAAAGAGGGAGCGGGUGUAUGUGGGCUACCUGGGAGGGUGGGAGCAGAGUGGGAAGGGGAGGGCUUUGGCAGUGGCCUGCAGCCUGUGGCGCUGAGGCGUGCUGGGGAGAGGCCCGUGCUGCGGCAGCCUGCUCGCAGGAUGGGCCCUCACCCGCUUGCCCUUCGCUUUUUUGUUUUACCCAAUUGAACCGGGCUAAAAGGGGGUUUCCUAGUUGUUCCCUUGUAACUUUUAAGAUACCUUGGGCCAGAGAUAACCUCAUGGGCUUAUUUGGGUUUUAUUUCUGAAAUUUGAUUGCUCCAGGUUUGCUCUUCACAGCAGUGUGUGUCAUCACCCUAUUCACCCGCCCCAUCCUGCCCUGCUGUCACCUCCCUUCAAUUAACGAGGCACCCCACAGACCCAGCCGAGGGUCCUCUCAGAGCAGAGCACUCUGACGCCAGAGGAGAAGCGGUCAGACGCCUCGGCCUGGCUGUAUUUGCUCUUGUCUGGAUUAACUUUUUAAUUUUACGGAGUUUCGUGUGCAGCUUCCUCCACCUUUCUGCCUUGGAUCCAAGUGAAAUGUUACAUGAUUGAUUGCUCCGUGUAAAUGCUUUUCUCCCAAAGGAACACUCCAGACCAACAUCAGGCAUCUUGGAUCAGAAUCAAAGACCUCAGAGGGGAGUGAGCUCAUCUUCACGGGAUGGUGAGGGCUAGGGAGCUGGUUCUCAGAGAACCCUGCGAUCAUCGCCCAGGCCCCUGGGCCCUCAGCCCUGGAGUUCAGAAGGCCUCUCUCUAGAGCCCGCCUCCCGCUGGGCCAAGGGGAACUAGAGACACCUUUGGACAUCACGGACCCCUUGUGUUUCAGUGGUUAAUUGCCCUUGGGAAAGCCCCAGAAGCCGAUGAGCGUCAGCGAGGUCUUGUGCCUCCAUCCACUUACUGCCCUCAGACCCUCCCAGGCACCCUCACUUGAUGAGCGUUCAGUCGGGUCAGACCUGCACGUGCCUGGGGUGCUCCUUGCUGAGAUUGCCCUUCAAGCCCCAGGGCCACCCCGAGUGGAGCUGACUGCCCUCACCUGUGGUCUGCCACCUGGACAGUUGCAGCCACAGGAUAUGGUGCCCCCUACCAUGGAGGCGCCCGAGUCUGAGGUGACCUCUGGGUCACUUGUGGAUGUGACCCUAGAAAUCCAAAUUUGAGGCGGGACAUGCGCUUCCACCAGGCCCCGGCCUCGAGGCUGUCUUUCCUUGAGACAUCAGUGGAUGUGCCACCCGUGGCCCCUCGGGAGGAGUGGCAUUCUGCAGUUCCUUCAGGAUCUCCACCCACCUGCUCCCCAGGCCCCAGAGGCGAGCUGUGUGUUCCGUGAUGCCGUCAGAACAGUCCUGUCUGACUAGGAGAGAACGUGACCCUGUUGCUCUGCUUUGGGGGCGGUACAUUCCUGCAUCUUCUCACCCCCUUGCCAGGAACUGGGGGUAAGACUUGUAGAUUACCCUCAUAGAAGUGGACAGUUUGUGGAGCCAUUCUGAAUGGGUGGAUUGGGGUCCAGUGGCACCCUCCCAGUCUGGCCUAGCACGGCUUCUGGAGCAGGGUCCAGCUUGUGUCCCACCUGCAACGUGAAGGGCGGGGAGGAAUGGAGAUGGCAUUCCAGUGGGCCUCCAGACCCUCCUGGAGGCGGCAGAUGCAGUCCGGCCACUGCUGUGGCCUCAGGAAGGGGCCAUCGUAGCGACGAGCAUCAGCAGGAAGGCUGCCCCGUCGCUUGGGGAAGAACUGGAACCAGGUGGCUCGGGGAGAAAACAGCUUUAGUUUUGGACGGGAUUGCAUAGGAAUAAUAUCUGGACUUGAUUUCCCCACUUGCUAAUCAAGAAUGAAAGUUGGGAUCCGCUCCUAGCCAGGCCCAGCACCCCCAAGCCUCGCAGCCCUGGGCUCCCACUGCUUCCUGCACUUGGCCUGCAGACCAUGUCCCGGACUGGGGAGUGUGACAGUCACGUGGCUAAAGACAAGCUACCAGGUAUCUAACUUCUUUAACAUUGAAUUUUUGUGUUUUUGUGGAUUUUUGUGGUUUUUUUUUUUUUGUAUAUUGUUUACAUUUUGAGAAGUAAGCAUUCUGUUUCCAAUGCUCUGUUUUUCUGACAGUAUUGUUGAUUGGGUCGGACAUUUGAGCUGUGGUUUGGUGGAUUUUAGAUUUUUUAAAAAAGGUCAUUCAUUCUCUGUGCUAUCUUCAAAACCUUGGGUUUGGCCCUGUAAUUCCUUGGGUAUUCAGAUGUUUCAAAGCUAUUUAUCUUGGUUUAUACAAGUUUUCUUUCUUUUUGUAUUGAUGAAGAUAUUAUAUUUGGUUUGCAGUCUGAAUGUAGAGAAAGUGAACUGAUAGCAGGUGUUUGCCCCUCCCCCUUCCUCUGUGCAAUGGAAAACAUCCAAGGGGAAGUGACUGCUCUCAGCUGCACUCUUAGGAGCCAAGAACAAAAAGCUGAACAGUCCUAGGGCAUCCCUGAGUAGGUUUGGGUCUCCCAAGAACCAAGGUAUAUCUAAUAGGACCUGGCUGAGGGCGUGGGGCUGGGUGGGAGUCCUCGUUUCCUCCCUCUGCCACUUCACCCGUCACAGCUUCUUCCCUCCUGCCCUUCUCCUGAAAGCCUGGCUGAGAAACUAGUCUCCCACCCAGAGUGAGGCAUUCUCUGAAAGCUCGCCUAGACCACUAGAUGAAGGCCUCCGGCCCUGUUCCUGUUCCUGAACCACUGAGUCUUGUCUCCCGAUCCAGCUCCUUCCCUGUGCCCUGCAGUGUGGGGCUUGUGGGCAGACUGGGAAGCCAGCAGUUCCAGGAGCUCAGUGCUCCAUCUCUCCUUAUCUAGCUCAGGGGUUACUGGCCUGUGGCAGGUGCCACGAGUCGCCGCUGGGGCUGUUCUCAGUGGCGCUAAGUUCCUACCACAGGCGCUCUUCCCCCUCCUCUGCCUACUUCACUUUUUUCUCUUGCCUGUUCAGGCCCCCCGAUAGUGCUCGGGGCAUGAGACUAGACUCCUGCCCUUGUGACUUGCCCCUCUUCAGUCUGCCAGGGCAUGCCCUGGGGAGGUGGACCAAAGACCCAGGACUUUUCUUAGUAGCCAAUCUCACCCCCCAGUUGUCUUUCACCAAUUCAUGUUGGGAGAGAGGAAGAAACCUUUGGCACUAAGGCAUUUGAGCUACUCGUGUCAGAGGCUGGAAGGGACAGCGUGUAUAGCGCUCUGGCCUUAGACCUGUGGCUCCCCCAAGUGCAGGGACCUCACCUCUCUCGGGCAGAAAUAGGGGGCGGGGUCUAGCCUGAGCCCAGGAAUCAGAGGGAAAACACACUCAAACUGCCCCCAAAUCUCCCAGCCACCUGCAGGGGGUAGUGAUGUGGCCCCGGCUUUCCUGAGACAGGCCACUUAGCGCCUCCAAAGGGCAGCGCAGACUGGCUCUCGCUACAGCUCGAGUCGAGGUCCUUGAGAGGCUGAAGGGGAAGCUUUGAGAAGAGCCCCUUGCCCUUGCUCGGCCAUUCCGGAGGAGGUGAACUCUGCAGCGGGGGAGGCCUGGUGCUGUCCAGCACGCUGAGCGUCAGGCCAGACUGAGGUGAUCCAACAAUGUGAAAGAAGCUUAAACUUCUGGGGAGCAGGAUACACUAUCACCCCACCAUGUGUGUGAUUUCUCGAGUUUCCACUGCAAUUUCCAUUUUUUAAAUAGGAAUUUUCACCCCCUGUGCUUGUCUAAUGUCUGCUCGGAACAGUUCGAGAUCCUGUUAUUGUUUUAAAAUGCAUGCAUGUUAAGAUGACUCCCAAACCCGAGGGAAAAAAUAAAACUCAAAAAGCUUUGUGUACA